AUGAAAAAGCCAUGUCAGAUAUGUGGAACAGAGACAAAGUCAGUCUGCUACAAGUUGUACAUCUGUGCUGCAUGUACAAUGUUUUAUCGACGGAAUUAUCGACUGCAAAAGGAUUUGAAGUGUCGACUGAUGAACUCGUGUGACCUCAAAACAUGUGAGUGCCAUUUACUAGCUUAAUUUUAGUUUUCAAAACAAGUUUAAUGGCCAAGAUUAAAAAUUCUGUGUUUUUGAAGCUCGCAGGCUGCGAAAUGUAGGGCGCAGCUCAAAAGCUCACAGUUUUUUGAUUUUUUUAAAAAAAGUAUAAAAAAGCCCUAGGGACAUAAUCUAUAUAUACAAUCGUGUAAUUAGAGCCAAGGCUUAAUUUAAGCACUUGAAAGAUACGCAUAAAAGUGCAAGUUGAUGCGGGUUAUGUUAACCAUGUGGCGAUCUUUGAACGGGUAUUUUGAAUUGCGUGCCAAAAAUAAUAUUAAGGUCGAUCGACAAAGCGAUAUCUUGUCGCAACGCAAAAAGACCAGAAAUCAUAUCUGUUUUAAAUAAUCAACAUACGACAAUAACAAGGAAGUUAUGUGAGGGAAAUAAUUGUAUUUUAAAGCAUGUUAUCUACAAAGUCACAAAUUUAAUAGUAAAGCUGGAUUACCAACUUAAACGGCUUAAGAGUUUUAUUAAACGGCAGAACUUGAGGUCAACAAGUUUUGAGAAUUAAAAAAAAUUAUCAAAAUUAAUUCACAAUUCCUAAAAAUUGUUAAAAUAAUUAAAAAUUCAUAACUAAAAUAAUAUAAAAACGUUUUUUCCAGCCGAUCGCCGCAUCUGCCGAGCCUGUCGUCUACGAGAAUGUCGUGCUCUAGGCCUUAGAAUGGUCGGAAAGUCCUUGGUGGUGCAACAAAAUGGAAUUCCCGAGGAUGACAUGCCUGAUGAAGAUGUAGGCUCUCUACCUGAAAGUUGUAUUGUAUCUGCCAGCUCGUCUUCUCCAGUAUCAGCAACGGUUUCCAGAAUCCCUGAUCCUAUGAUGUGUUCUACUCCUUCGACUUCAACUGCUCCUCAAAUGAUAAGCCAUGAUCAGUUAAACGAAUUGAAUAACCUGAAUAACGUGAGGGUUCAACUGGUAUUGGCUAUGAACAACACAGAGUUUGAGGAGAAUAAGGAGGGGAUACGGAAUUGCAAUGUCAACAAUAUGGUAAGAAAUAUUUUUUUUUAUGUUGAAGGGUAUGCUUAAGAUAAUCACACAAGUAGUGUUGGUACAUUUUGUCAAAAAAACCACAUUUUUUAUUAUGAUCUUCUGAUCAAAGUUUUUUUUUGAAAUUUUUGAAAUAUUAAAUAAUUUUUAGCUUUCCGUUUACACGCUAAACAACCCCGACAGUAUUAUACUGAAAGCAAUACGACUGUACACAAGGUUUGAGGAACGACAUAAACAAUAUGCAUCAUUACAACAACUAAAUAAUACCUCCGGAAGCAGCGUUCAUGUUAGGUCGAUGUCAUAUAAGACUAUCGAGAGUAAUGUCAUGACUUUUGCUUGUUAUUACGCCAUCGAGUUGUUGGAAGACUUUCAUGGGCUUAGUUCUACUGAAAAGGUAAGGUUACUGUAAGUUUACUGUAAUGAUGUUUUUUGAAAAUUUUAUUUUUGUACUGUAAUUUUUUGCCUAUAUAAUAUUUUGUAUUGGAUUCUACUGUAGUAGUAGCCACUGUAUUAUAUUUAGGAAAGCAAUUUCCGAAAUACUACAGUAUCUGAAUGUUUCCAGACAAUUAAUCGAAGAUUGAUUGGAUCUUUUUCAAAUUUUAUUUCCGCGUAAAAGGGUUUACUUUCCCGUAUAUCACUGUAAUAUGCACGUAACUUACCGUACCCUUUCAGUUCUCGGUAAUAAAGACGAUCCAAUCAGUGAUGAUCUUCAUGCACAAGUUCGUAGCUACAGCCCGACUCUUUCCGACUUCUGGAGACACUCGGAUCUCCAUCAUCGAUGGGUACCAUUUGGAUAUGAAGCAGUAUGCCUACUUUUUGAGUGAUCUCGAGACUGUAAGAGCAAUCAAGCAAAUCAAAAAUUUAUAAAUUUAAAAAUGAAGUUUUUAAAGCUUUGAGUAUGAGUGAAGGUCAAACACAAUAACCAACUUACAAAACUUUACAAAUUAUUGAAAUUUUAGGAAAUGACUCCAUCCCAACUGAUAGAACAAUAUAACAGAUGUCGAGUGAUUGUAGAACCCUUCUUUGAGUCGAUAUACCACUCUGCCGAAAGUUUUAGGCUUUUAAUGCCAGACCCAAUCGAAUGUGCCGUUCUUUUUUGUACUUGUGUGUUAGAAAAGAGUAGGCUUUAAUUUCAAUUCAAGAUGCGUAAUAAUAUUAUAUUACUUGGUUUUGGGCUGUGUAUAAAAGUCGACUUCUUUAAAAUUAUCGGAGAGUGUCUAUGCUAAGCUGAGAAGUGUAGUACUUGGGUGAUAAUGGAGGGUAGAUGGGGCUAAACAAUAUAUACUAAAACUUUUAAAGUUUGUUUGACAUUUAAUAAUGAAAUUUUAGUGGAACACCUACAAAUUGGAGCAGAGCAAAGCAGAAACUUGAGAAAUAAUUUAUUUGCCGAACUGAGUGUCUACCUUGGAGAACGAUACAGUGUUCAAGAGUUGGGGACGCGAAUCAUGAGACUUACUGCGACGUUGUACGAAAUCAAGGUAAAUUUUGUGCGGAAUAGGCCAAGAUUAUUGGAAACUAUUUUUUUUUCAUAUUAAAGUUACGAUAAUAUAACAAGCACACGUUUAGCUGAUAGCCGAGAAGUACGAUGACAUGUUCUCGUUGUUGGGGGUGUUUGUGGCUGACAAAGCCGACUGUCACCCAUCGUUAACGCGUCCGGCUGUCUCCGCCGAACACAUGAAGAACAUCCAGGCCAUGCUCAACAUAACCUCUGCUUUCACUGCAAACUCAUGUAAUAACUCACAGUAACUUUUACACUACCAUAAGUUGAGAAAGCUGCUUUACAGUACUUAUCAGUUUAUAGUUUGAGAUGUUGUAGUACUGAGGGUAAGUUCUCAGUACUACAAAGUUUUAAAUUCAAUACUUAAGAUAACGAAUACAUUUGUUACUUAUCGCGUAACUUUUCUUUUACAACAGUAGUUUCUAUAUUAUUUUAGUUAGAAAAUAUAUUAAUUACUAUUCACUCAUAGUUAUGCUUCAAUGUAUUCUUUUACUUUCAGUGAUAUUUACGUCUGAAAAGAGUAAAUAUAUUUGA